AAGUAGCCUUUAAAGUACACAGCAAUGCUGCGUGUGUAUGUGUGUUAUUAAACUUGUGUCUGUGAGAUUAACAGGAAUGCACCCUGCCAUCCUAUGACCGACAGCGCAGGCUGACACCGCACCAGAUGGUCUCAUGAGUUGUGGCUGCCACCAAGGCCGCUCUCACGAGAUAGACAGACAACACCACUUUGUUUCUUUUCUUAUUGUAGCAGUAUAUACUUCCCCCACCCCUUAGAAAACUAUGUAACAGGGAAUCUCCUAAACUGAAUAAAAAAGAGGAGGCUGCAUGGAUGCACUUCAGAGUGAGUAGGAGAUGUAACUGAAUGCAUCUAUGCUUACUCUCCUCGAGUAAAACUUAAGUUAAUGCCUUUGUCUUUCUUUCCUUGUAUAUGAUUUAAAUGUUCUAGGUAUCUUGAACCUGACAUUAACUUGGUCCUUCGAGCCGGAUUCCGACACAUCCAGAGUUUCCAGUGGACGCGGAGGAUUCCAGGAAAGUCUGUGGCCACAGCGGGCCCCUAGGUGGGCUCACAGGAUCCCUUUGAGGGGAACUGGGGUUCCUCCUUGUCGGCUGGAAACCGAGGAUUGAUGGAAUCUGGAGGAGUUAGACGAAAGGCUGAGGACGGCGGAGUCCUGUCGCUGACUUAAAUUCCGAGAUCCAAUUAGUGGGACCAGGCGAUUGGGUGCUGAUACGAAGCAUUAAGAGAAAACAUUGGCACUCUCCCAAGUGGGAAGGGCCUUAUCAGGUAUUGUUGAACACUCCCACAGCCAUAAAAAUAGCUGAAAGAUCCACGUGGGUACAUCUUACUCAUUGCAAAAAGGUCAUCUCCUCCAACAGUUCCGCAGAGAAAAGUGACUCACAGUCUGAUAAUAGAGUGGACUCAGGUGUGUAGAACCUGAGUAGACUCGAAAGUCAGUGAAGUAUAUCCAAGACACCAGACUCAUUAGAGGACACUCUCGGGGAAGAUGGCGACUAGAUGGAUAAGCGAUGCCAUUAGGUGCUGGGGAGUGACAAUUGUAUUCAUAUUAAUUUUUCUUUUUACCUGGUACUUAUGGGAAGCUCCUGGAACUUCCCUAAAUAGCACUCAUGUUCCGCCCACUUCAUCUCAAGGUAUCACCCAACCACAUGCUAGAGUAAAACGCGGAGUAGGAUAUUAUCGGCCCACUGGCGUUCUGACGACUUUGCAAAAUCCAUGUAAUGCGACCGGAGAAACGACGUCUAGGACCUAUAUUUGCUACAAUACCACUACCUUUAUCAGCACAGUAAUCAUCCCUAUGAACUCCUUCCAGUUGGGCGGUUAUGUAGGAAGCGAGUGGUAUGAUUGGACAUUCUAUUUAAACUCAGUGGGUUUUAAACAAACAGGUCUAGACUGGGGAUGGGUUUUCGCCACCACUGAUAAAACCUGGAGGUCCAAUUCCUAUGGCUGGCGACCAUGGGCACAAUAUUGGUCACGUGUGUUAACUCUAGAAAAGCUAAAACUUAGAAACUCACCCUCCUUAGUUUCAAGAUUUAAUACCACAGUCAAUCCGUUAUUGGAAAAACCCCCAUCAAUGCCUAGCUAUCCAAAUCCACCUUGUUACAUUUUAGCUCUGUGUGCCUAUCGGCCAAGUCAUACAGACCCAUGCACUUAUGUGGCACUGUGCCCUAACAUUACAGAAACACCCACUGCCGCAACAGACUCAGAUUUGCAACCUGUGCCAGGACUGACGUUGGGGCCUAGGUCCACAACUAAAGUAAAGAUAAAGAUCCUCAAUAAAAAACCUGACACUGACGAGUGGUUUCAAGUAACCACUGGAGUCUCAGGGAAAAACAAUAAUUGGCUGUUAAUGGUAGAACAGGCAGCAAAUGCAACUAAAGCCGACUGUGUUGUGUGUAUGGGCCCCCGCCCCUUACUACAAAUAGUUCCUGCACCUAUUCCAGCUGAAUGCCUGUUGACUGUCAUGAGCAAGACAGUUCCAGGACCAAAUUGUAGUUAUUGGGACGGUAUCUUUCCAGUAACAAAAGGCGUAAGAAUCAAACCUCUAUUCUCUAAACAUGUAGCACCAGGAAACUUCUCAUGUAUUAACCUGACCGGUAGAGGACCUCGUUUAGGUAGCCUUGCAGAGAUAGCAUGUCCAGUUACACUUCCUGUUUUUACACCCUUCACCCCAGUGUCUCGGGCUGACAUAUGGUGGUGGUGUGGGGAUGAGAGAUUAUUUGACAAACUGCCUAAAGGUAAUACAGGAUUGUGUGCAUUGGUAACCCUAUUGCUACCAGUAAAUGUGUACCCCAUAUCAGCUGACGCUCUGUAUAUACAAAUAACCAGUACAAUGCCCAGUGAGUGGAGACAGAAACGCUCCUCCUGGCGCUCUGAAACCAAUCCUACAUAUAUAGAUGCUAUAGGAGUUCCUCGCGCGUACUGCAGACGCAGUACAAGAUAG